AUGGUUACCCUGCAUGGCAGGUGGUACCCGGACAAGCUGGCAGUCAUUGACGAACAGAAAGCCCUGACCUGGUGUCAGAUCGACUGUGGCUCGAACCAAGUCGCGAACGGUCUUAGCGCGCUUGGCAUCGGACGUGGCGACAGCGUUGCGGUGCUAAUGAGCAACUGCGCCGAGUAUGUCGAAAUCAUGUUCGGCAUACUCAAGGCUGGAGCUGUCAUCGUCCCACUGAACCUAGCCGUUAGUGAGGAGGGCCUGGUGACAUUGCUCAACGACUCGGCAUCGAAGGCAAUCUUUCUGACGCCGAACCAGUAUGCCCGCAUUGGAGACAAGUUCGACUCAAUUACGACGCUGGUUCCAUCAGCAGUCUGGGUCCACGGCGACUCCCCCAGCGACCGCGCGGCGCAAUAUCGCAACUGGCGCAGUAACCAGAGCGAUGCUGAUCCAGGCAUCACGAUUGAUGACAACGAUCCAUGCAAUAUCAUCUACAGCUCUGGUACGACCGGCUUACCCAAGGGCAUUAAACAUAUUCACCGCCGGCGCGUGCAGUCAAUGUACGAGCUUGCCCUGGCCCAUCACUACCAUUUUGAAGCGGUCGCGAUCUGCCCUAUUGGGCUCUACUCGAACAUUGCCUGGGCCUCGGUAUUCUGCGCGCUGAUUGUUGGUGGUACUUGUGUCAUCCAGAGAGCAUUCACGCCGGAAUCAUGGCUCGAGGCUGUUGAGCAGUAUCACGUCACCCACACUUUCAUGGUGCCGCUGCAGUUCCAGAAGGUCCUCGAAGCACCGAAUUUUUCCAGCGCAGCCGUCGCCUCGCUCGAGGCCGUUAUAUCCGGUGGCUCCCCGCUCUUUGCUAGCCUCAAGCAGCGUGUCAUCAAUAAAUUCGGUUGCGCUGUCAUCGAGCUGUACGGCCUAACUGAAGGAUUCAUGACAACGCUGCAGCCACAAGAAGCCGUUGAAAAGCUGACCUCUGUCGGCAAACCAGUCCGCGGGCACGAUUAUAUUAUCGUUGACGAUGACGACAAAAAGCUUGGUUGGGGCAACACUGGCGAAAUAUGCGUCCGCAGCAUUCACUGGAUGAUCGAGUACCACAAUCGGCCGGAGGCAACGCAACAGGCCAUGUACUUUGAUAACAACGAAAGACAUGAUUCUAUCCGGCGGCAGAACAUCUACCCCGUCGACAUCGAGGCUGUAAUGAUCGAACAUCCAGAAAUAUCGGAGGUCGCGGUCAUCGGCAUACCUCAUGACAAAUGGGGAGAGACGCCCUAUGCGCUUGUGUGCCAAUGCGUGGGACUGACGGGGACUUGCAAGCCCGACUUCUGCAAUGGACCAACGGACAUGUCGGGAAGCGUCAAAAACUGA